CUGCUCUCUCUCUCUGGGUCUUCUCCUUUCCCUCCAUCUCUUACCAAAAAGAGCACCAAGGCAUGAUUCAUUCAUCUUUCCAUUCUCAAUAAACCCACCAAAUUUGCCCAUUUUGUGAUUGUUAAUACGUGGAAAAAGUUGGAACUUUUUUUUAUUAAUAUUAAUUUUUGGGCAUGAAGAUUUUGCAUCAAACAUUUGACAGAAAACAGUAUGAAAGGUUUGGUUGAUCCUUCAGGAGAUCCAAUGGGGUGAGGCAUGGAAUUUAUCAACCAACUUCCACAUUUGUAUAUAUACAGCUUCAUAGAGAUCACUAUAUAAUCAAACUCCUAUAGGAUUCUCUGCACAUUCCUACAAAAUUUUGGCAAUGGCUUCUGCUGUGAUUGACACCAAACUCUGCUUCUGCAUUGCCGUCCUCUGCUUGGUAUCUGUCUUCUGCUGUGGUUUAGGGAAUGCGGAGGGAGACGUGCCUCAGUUUGGCGAGGAAGGCGGAGUCCACGAGCCCGGAACUGGUGAAGAAGGCGAGUUCAGCGACCCGUCUCAGAUUGUUGCAAAAGCACUGCUGUGCUUCAAUGACAAAUAUAUCUACAAGAGCUGCGAAGAGUCCUAUCGGUUGGAUCAGAGUGGUGACCUCCACGUACCACCCGAGCACACCUUGGAAUACUGCACUGGACCGUGCCUGAGAGAGACCAACUUGGUUCUUGACUGCAUAGACGGCGUCUUAAUCCACUUCUUGUUCUACAACAGAGCCACCAUCAAGGACGUUCGAGACACCAUUCACGCAGGCUGCAGCUAUGGCCCUGAAAGAGGUCACUUUGAUGUAGCUGAGCAUAUUGCAGCGGAAGAGGCAGGAGCAAGGAGAGUCGCCAGUCAGAUUCUCAUACAGCUUGGUCUGAUUUUUGCUGGGCGCUUAUUAUUUCUGGGACAUGUCUGAUGACAACCUCGGAAUCUCUUACUCCUAAGUUAUACAUGGUUCGCAAUAUGUUAAAAACAUUGUAUAGGACCAUUAGUUAUAUGAUGAUGAGAGCCGUAACCUGAUACAUGAGCCAUGAUCUGAGGACUCCUGUAAUACAACCUUUAGAGAAUGGCUGAUAUACGUACUUGUUGCCGCUACAUUAAAUUUACACAGCCUUAAAUGCUAUCAGCUUAGUCUUUAUAGGGUCGAAUAUGUAGGAAUCACUACGCUUUCAAUUAUAUUUGCUGCCUUUGCUGCAGAUGUUUGUAAUGAAUAAACCACGAGCGACAGAUAUAUCCUACAGUCAUUCAAAAUGAAGAGAAAUUGAAGUACAAAUUUCCUA